CGGUGCUGCAUCCCAACUUAUUAUAACAAACCAACCCAUUGCUGGAGGAACAUGUGCUUUCUCCGAGCGCGGUACUCGCGAUAGUAGUCGGUGCUCCACCGAACAGAAGACUUUAAAUCGCAAGUGUCGCGCACUGUGACUGUGCCACGGGCUAUCCUCGGUCUAGUAUCUGAGCGUUUUUACUGCCGACGAUAUGCACAUACCCGGGUACUUCCUCGACUGAAAGUGAAGGGACGCUCGACGCUAUUUUUUUUGUUUUUGCUGAAAAACGAAAGUGAUUUAGCUGGGCGAUUUCGGUUUAGCUGGCGCGACGAGUUCGCUGUGUUUUGAGGGUUUUUUAUGUGGGAUUUACUUUACGUUUUUUCUUCGUUCUGUAUCGACGGGAGAUAUAAUUAAGGUUAGAAAAUGCCCGGAGACGCACUCUACUGGAACCCCGUCGAAGCAGACAGCGAGGAGUCCCUGGACUACCCCUCCAAAGAGCCGUACGUUGACCCGUGGGACCUGGAGAACUACGCCUACAUCAGGGAACACCUGGACUCCAUGGAACUGAGCUCUAACCCCAGCGCCCCGAGCGGCAGCAGCGGCGAAUUCGCCGAAGCCAACUCCCAUUCCUUCUACUACGUCCCGGGGAACGGGCAGGUUGGUCCGCCGUACGUGCCCAACGUGCAGGAGAAGAGGCGAUACGACUCGGUGGCGAGCGAGCAGGAGAACUACGCCGCCAUAGACGAGGUGAAGAUGUACGACAGGAGGCGCACCAGGAGCGAGGUGUUCGGGCCGAGCAGGCGGGGAAGGUACUCCCAGGAGUAUGAAUCUGAAGUUGAGGAAAGCCUAUACGAACUAGGAACAUUCAAAGAAAACCCAAUAUUCGGCAUUUACGAUCAAAAGGGAAGAUUCCGCAGAGUCGCUCUUCCAAUAUCGUAUUCAAAAAGUGUCAAUAGAGAUCGCAGCUUAAGUUUUGCGUACGGGGACUAUGAAUAUGACCCAUACAGUGGACCGAGGGCGGAUAUUUACAGCAAGCUGGACGAAAUUUCAGACGAGAAAGAGCAACCACCGCCCACUUAUCAGCACGUUCAUAGGAGCAGAGGAAAGCCUGAGAACUUCGGUUUGAGCCAGUACGGUCAUUUGAAAAUUGACUAUUCCUACAGUUGGAAUAAUUUAAAUAAAUACAUUAAGUAUACUUAAUUUAGUGUUUGCGUAAUAUUUUUUCGAGGAAGGUGUUUAUAUUGUCACGAUUGCUCAGUUCAUAUGCAGCUGCAGUUUUAGAUAAACAGAAGGUAGGUAUAAUUUUUUGAAGCGACAAUUUUAAACAUUUUUUAAGUUGGUAAUUUGAGAAAUAUUUGCUUUUACAAGACUGUACAAUGUUUAUCGAGAUAGUGUAUUCAUAAGAUAUAUUUCUAUAAAGCAUUUUCGUAACUUAAUUCUAUUAUUCAUCAUUCAUUAUUACAUAAACAACGGAAAUAAUUUAUGGAAAUGCUUUUUACAAUAAAUUUUGUGUGUAUAUAAUUUAGUUAUUUUAAAGAAAUGUAAAUAUUUA